UUUUCCCCUUCCCACUCUCCGGGACUUCCUUGUGCCGCCUGUGCGCGCGGAGGGGGAGGAGGAGGCGUGUGCGGCGGCGGCGGCGGCGGCGGCGGCGGCGAGGGGGGAUUUACAGUCUCCUCGCAGGCUGGCCGGGACCCCGGGGGAAGAGGAGUUGCACCAUGCGCGGCAAGUGAGGGAAAGUCUCCGCCAGCGCCGCCCGCAGAAGUUGAGGCUUUCCCCCGCCGCCCGCGGGAGCGGGAGCUGUGCCUUUAACGCCCGCUGAGCGAGGUACCUAAGGAUAAAACUGGCCUGAAGGGAAAAUCUGGGGGAAACUGGGGAGCUUGACUGUUCUUGCACCUGACCCUCUCAGCUGUCAGAUGCGGUGAUCUCCAUGGUAACUCAAACCCCCAGACUCUUGACAGCAGCCUGCGAGGAGCAGCAUUCAGCAGCUCAAGGGUCUCACGACCAGAGCGUGGAUCACACUUCUCGUAAACCUCAUCAUAUUGAGGUUGGGCUAAGAUGAGCAUAACCAGUGACGAAGUGAAUUUCUUGGUGUAUCGCUAUCUCCAGGAAUCGGGUUUCUCCCACUCGGCCUUCACCUUCGGUAUCGAGAGCCACAUCAGCCAGUCCAACAUCAACGGAACGCUAGUGCCACCUGCCGCACUCAUCUCCAUCCUCCAGAAGGGGCUCCAGUAUGUGGAGGCUGAGAUCAGCAUCAACGAAGAUGGUACAGUAUUUGACGGCAGGCCAAUAGAAUCACUGUCUCUGAUCGACGCGGUGAUGCCUGAUGUUGUUCAGACCCGGCAGCAAGCAUUCAGAGAGAAACUAGCUCAGCAACAAGCCAGUGCAGCGGCAGCAGCGGCAGCAACGGCAGCAACAGCGGGAGCAACGACGACUGCUGUUUCCCAGCAGAACACACCAAAGAACGGAGAAGCCACUGUGAAUGGAGAGGAGAAUGGGGCACAUGCAAUAAAUAAUCAUUCAAAGCCAAUGGAAAUUGAUGGGGAUGUUGAAAUUCCUCCUAACAAAGCGACAGUCCUUCGCGGCCAUGAAUCAGAGGUGUUCAUCUGUGCCUGGAACCCUGUGGGUGACCUGCUAGCAUCCGGAUCUGGAGACUCAACGGCCAGAAUAUGGAAUCUCAAUGAAAACAGCAACAGCGGUUCCACUCAACUGGUUUUGAGGCACUGCAUAAGAGAAGGAGGACAUGAUGUCCCCAGCAAUAAGGAUGUGACUUCAUUGGAUUGGAAUAGUGAUGGAACACUAUUGGCUACAGGCUCGUAUGAUGGUUUUGCAAGAAUAUGGACAGACGACGGUAACCUUGCAAGCACCUUAGGUCAACAUAAAGGUCCAAUAUUUGCCCUGAAAUGGAACAAAAAGGGGAAUUAUAUUUUAAGUGCUGGUGUUGAUAAAACAACAAUAAUUUGGGAUGCUCACACAGGAGAAGCUAAACAGCAGUUUCCUUUCCAUUCAGCUCCUGCUCUGGAUGUAGACUGGCAGAACAACACUACUUUUGCCUCUUGCAGCACUGACAUGUGCAUUCACGUAUGCAGACUUGGCUGUGAUCGUCCCGUUAAAACCUUUCAAGGACACACAAACGAGGUUAACGCAAUCAAAUGGGACCCAUCUGGCAUGCUACUAGCCUCUUGCUCCGAUGAUAUGACAUUAAAGAUUUGGAGUAUGAAGCAAGAUACCUGUGUACAUGAUCUUCAAGCUCACAGCAAAGAGAUUUAUACUAUCAAAUGGAGUCCUACAGGACCAGGCACCAGCAACCCAAACUCCAACAUCAUGUUAGCAAGUGCUUCAUUUGAUUCCACUGUUCGGCUGUGGGACGUUGACCGAGGAGUCUGCAUCCAUACGUUAACAAAACAUCAAGAGCCUGUCUACAGUGUAGCUUUUAGUCCUGAUGGAAAAUAUCUAGCCAGUGGGUCCUUUGACAAAUGUGUCCAUAUAUGGAAUACUCAGAGUGGAACUCUAGUACAUAGCUACCGAGGCACCGGGGGCAUCUUUGAAGUCUGCUGGAACGCUAGAGGAGACAAAGUGGGAGCAAGCGCAUCAGACGGAUCGGUUUGUGUUCUAGAUCUGCGGAAGUAAAAGUGAAAUGUUUUAGAAGAAAUUUCAAAUGGACCAGCAGUGAAUGUGUGGGGAGAAGCACUCUUCAAAACUAUUCUUAACAGCUCCAGAACUGUACGAACUUGAACAAAGUUAGAGUGUACCGUGAAACCAACUCUCCCUGGCCACAGGUGUCUAGUAUUUUGUCCGUAACCUUCAUCAAGGAGUAAAAACAGUCACUUCAGAGGGGGAGGGAAUGGUUUCCACCUGGAACAUUCAGCCUUGGAAGCAUGAAGCCACCAGCUAGGCAUUGCACUGUUUGGUUUGCGUCUGAGAACUUGCUCUGAUGGCUGGGAAAAAAAAGCUGUGCCAAAAAAAUUAAUAAAAAAAAAAAAAAUUAAAAAAAAAAAAAAAAAAAAAAAAAAAGAAAAAAUGCUGUGAUAAACCAAAAGGGAAAAAAAAAUCCUCCUCCAUGCGGUGUUGUAUUUUUUCCUUCCAAUUUGGACACUACAGUUGCUCUCCCAAAGGACGUUCAAAGACCAGUUUGUACUGAUGAAAUGCUCAACUUUGUAAUCACAACACUUUCUAUUUUCUAGACUACUUUUUUUGUUCAGUGGUUUUUCUAUCAGCUGGAAUAUUACAGCCUGGAGGAUCCCAGGCUUAGGAUGAAACUUUUGUUUUCCUUUUAUUUCUCCCUUCCACUCCCAACUUCUCCUUCCUUUUUUUUCUCCUCUUUCUUCUUGCCCUUUUUUUUUUUUUGGUCUUUUUUCCCUGUAUGCCCAUAGUAGAUGCAGCCAGGUGGACAUGACAAUGAAAAUUUUUGACAGACUGCUUCUCCUCUCUUCUCUCUCUUCCUUUUCCUUUCUUUCUCUCCGUUUAAAAGAAAAAAAAAUCCUCCAUGCUUCAGAUCUUAGCGUCUCAAGGGCACUUUCAGCAAAUUGUGUAAUAAGUGCUUUAUAUAAGAAUGCAGUGCUGGGGAAGAUUUUUACAGGAGAAAGAUGACUUUUAACAGAAAGAACCCAGUGUAUUUUUGGAAAAAAAAUAUUUUUUAUGUUAAACAGUUUUAAAAGCCUAAAAUGGCCACCAAAUGUAGACCAGUUGUGUAAUCCAAGCAAAAGGAAUGACACAGAGUUCAAGGAACAUGAAAGGUGCAGUAUCCUUUUUCUCUUCGCUGACAGUGCUGUAAGAAGAAAUGCCGUUUGAUACAAUAAAUGCCAGUCAUUUACUAAGGGUCCUCUUCCAGCAGCCAGCCAUUUAUACAGUCUCAUUUCAUUUUUGUGGCUGUUUGAUGAAGUACACUUAUUAAAAGGGAUUCGCAAGUUUGAGACUAUGAAUACAACAUUCAUUUUCUUGAGUCCAUAUUUUCGUUUAUCCUCAGUAACUAGGGGAAAACGCUUGUGUGUCUUCUCUCCUCUGGAGACAGUUCAGAUUUCAUACAGAACGUGGGUUUGGCUGCCCGUGGCCUUGCUGAGCAGCGCUGUCCUCCACUCUUGGUCCCGCUCAGCUGUUUCUGUCCCAGUAAAUCAGGGGGGGUUUUACCACUGACCUGCUGAGACCAGUUGAACCAACUGCUUCUGCCCGCUGUGCCUGUGCUGGGGGGAAGCUCUGGGUCUGCUCUUGGAGGCUCGCUGCCUGCCCCGACAGGGUUAGCCUUGAGGGGGUGCUCAGAGCGGUGCUCGGAAGACGGCCUAGAACUCUCCAUUAGGUGAGGACGUGGGAAAGGAUACAUAAAUGAUAUUACAACAGGUAUACCACUAUGAAGUUACGGUGGGUGAAAUGAUUGGAAUGACAAGAAAGACUUCCAAAGCACCCCCUGUCCACUUUGGACAAGAUUUCCUGCCUGUAAGCUAGGCACCUGCAGGGAUGCCUGCUGAGGACAUUACUCCAAGAGCAAAUGGAUGCAAAGAAGGAUGCAUAGGCAGAGGUUAAAUUGCUGUAAACGAUAAGGCAACCUCGGGGAGGCGGGAGCCGUUAUUUAGAGAAAUCCCCAGGACUGGCUGAGUCAAACAGACGUCCUCUCUAGCCUGCAGGCAAGGCUAGGAUUUGUAGGGGAGAGAAAAACAACCAGGCAGAGAACCCCCUUAACAUCAGGUAGUACCUUCCCGCCCAAAGUGGCUAUUUCUGUAACACAGGACCUUCCCUUUGAUGGGACCACAGCUGCUGAAGUGGUGAUUUGAUCUGAGCAAAACCAGAGCCCUGGUGCCGAACAGGAGGUGUAAGACCUGCCAUCGUGGCAUCAUCAUGGCAUCGCAGAACCUGCACAUCAUUUUUUUCUCCUGUGUUUUCCUCUCUUUAUGCUUACAUCUGUACAGUAUCUUAGUCCUUCCAGCGGAACUAGCCUCUGCCAGCUUCAACCGCAUUUCUUAAAGAUACACAUUGGGAAAGGAAAAAAGAAUGAAAAGAAAUAACUGCUAAGAGGGUUACUCGGUCCCAAGGUGAAAACAGUUACGUGGGAUUUUGGUUAUUAAUGACAGUUAGUCUUGUUUGUAAUUUAUAUCAAAGAACUGGACCCUGGAAGUUAUCAAGGAUUAUUUUCAGUGUUAAAUGUGUUUAUGUGUUGGUUUUGGUUUUCUGCUCCAAGAGCAUGGGCUGUAGAUGACCACAUGACAGUUUUGCACUGUUUUAUAAUAAUCACGUGUACCUACUAAUUUAAAGUCACUACUUUAACAAAAAAAAAAAAAAAAAUUACUUGUUCAAAGAGAGACUUGAAUUUGAUUGCCAAGUUUUAAUGUGGUUUUAUAAAGCACGGUUGGGUCGAUGAUUUGAUUACAGUCAUUGCAUGUACACGGUUAACUCCCUAAGCUGCUUUUGGGUGGCAUUUGUGAGAACAAGGCGCAGAAGCUCCCGGUCGGCAGGGCAGACGGGGCCCUGGCCUUGCCCCUGACCCGUGAGCGACACCUGAAUAGGCCAGGCCUCGGGAUUCGAAGAGAUGAGGUCGCUCAAUCCGAGUUGGGUGAUGUGGCAUCACUGGCUGGGUGCAUAGCCCGUGUUUCGUGGUCGUUCCCAGGAUAGCUACGGUAGAUAACUCGGCAGUGUCUUUGAUGCCUGUUUCUUUUUUCCUUUUUUUAAAGUGUCAGGACACCAACUGUCCUCUGCCCACCUACAUGGAGGUAAGAAGCUGAGAAAUAAAAUUUGAAAAUCAAUUGGUUUGCAAAUCUCACGUGUGAGGGAGGCUGCUGGUGCAGAGAGUUGUCUGUACAGACCAUCAGAUCUGAGAGCAGUGUAGGUGAGAAGCUAAGAAAACUCACCUUCUCCCUGAGACCCUAAAGACUGGGAAAUCCUCAAAGAUGCCAUAGUAGAUGGUUUUCUAAAAUGGGGGCGGCUAUGGAGGAAGGCAGAAGAUGUAGUUGUGAAAGUUAAUCCUAGCCCAAGGAGCUGGUUUCUGUAGGAGGUGGGCAGUGGGGAGAGAUGCCUAAGCCAGGACCCGUGGGUCUGCCCCCCUGGGAGCUCUCUCUUUCCCCCGCUGCCGCGGCGGCGUCCCCCGGCUCGCGGUGCCUCCCCGCGGCUCCCCGGCAGCGGAACAGUGCGAGGCAACGGGCCGGCGGACCUCAUUUUUUCAAUAUUUUUUGAUAAUGUUGUUCAUAGUUCUUUGUAACAAAAGAAACAUAGAAAAAGCUAAGUGACCAUACAGGAUUGUGAAACCAUCAAGAGGCUUACUGGAUUUUUAUCAUUGCUGGCUGUCUGGAACUGGCCUUGAAGAAAAAAAAAAAAAAAAAAAAAAAAACACAACAGUUUCUGAAAAACCAUUCAACUCUAUGGACUAGAAGGAUACUGAAUCUUUUAUGUAGAAAACACUGGGUCCCUUAUGGGGCAUUAAAGGGCCUGACUUACAGGGUUAUACACACAUUAACCCCAUGCUACAUCUUAGAAAUUUCCUUUUAAUUUGUUUUAAAAAAAAAAAAAAUGAAAAAAAUAGCUAAUUUUAGAGCCAAGUGAAGUGCACUUUGUCAAAUGUAAGGGUCUGCUUUGUUUUUGGGUUUCUUUUUCUUUUUCCCUUUUUAAUUUUUCCUCCUUUUUUUCCUCCUUUUGCCUUUUUAAAAGAUGUGGUUCUUUGUCAAUUGCAGAAAUGUUCUUUCAGCCACUCACUGAAAUUCUGAAUUCUGGCUUCUGCAGUUUUUAUUGUCUGUGUCAGACUUGCAGCCAGACUUGGUUCUCAUUUCAGCAUUUCCCAGGUUCUGUUGAAACAACAUCAACCCUUAUUUUGUUUCUCCCCCACCCACACUUUCUUCAAAUUCACCUUGUGUAUUGUAGCUCAUUUGUUUUAAGGAGAGAAUCAACAGAUCAUAUUCAGUGUCUUGAAUAAAUUGCUAUAUUUUGAUAUUAGAGAA